ACUUCGAAACAUGGUGAUAUGUCACCAAAUGUGGCUAAUAGCACGUUGAAUGAUUUUUUUAAUGAUUCAGAUUCGGAUGGAUUUCUUCUCGAAGCAACACAGCAAAUAGAAUCUAAAAUACAUCUUCCAGUUACAGGCACAGAUAGUGUUGUUGGAUGUGUUAUAAGUAACUGCACUGAACUAAGAGAUUUAGCAUCAGAAGCAAAUAAAACCUCUACUUCCAUUGAAAAACGAUCAUCAUUAUAUGAGAAAUUUUUGGAGGAUGAUUCACCUGAUGACUGGUUCACAUCGUUAGACGAUGUCAUUGAGCAAGCUAUCCAAGCAAAAAAGCCACGUAACUCUUUACAACGAUAUAAAUCUAUGCCGACUGAAGCCAGUUCCUUAACAAUACCUCAGAAGACAUCAAAAAAUGUGAAAAGUACAAAAAUAUCCCCAACAAUAGUGCAGUACUCAAAUCCUGCAGUAUCAAGACAAACGGGGCAUAAAAGUAUUACCACAACCACCGAUGUCUCGAAAUUUAAGCGACAUGCCAGUAGUAAUACAAUACCAUCCGGUUCCAGAUAGCUUGACAGGUUCUAGUAAUUGUAUUGUAUGAAUACCUAAAGAUUGUUUAAUAUGGAUAACGCAAAGAUUGUUCUUUUAAAAACAGUUGCUUUAAAUUGAUUUACUCAACAGUUAUUCAAAAAUUAUAGUUGCCAGAUAACAAUCGUUUGCGAAUUAUUUAAACACAAAAUUGCUUCCAGUUGAUUUACUCAUCACUUAUUUACUAAGUAUCGUUUGCAACACAAUAUAAACACAAAAUUGCUUCCAAUUGAUUUACUCAUCACUUAUUUAUUAAUCAUCGUUUGCAACACAGUCAGGAUACAGGCUUGUAUACUAUAUAUUAAAAUUAUAACGCUUAGCUAUAAGCUAUUCAGUCAGUAACUAUUUGUAGGUUUUAAAAAUCUAUCUAUGUAUGUAAUUUAAUGCUGGUUAUUUAAUGCGACACCUUAACACUGAAAAAAAAUAAUAGUUUUAUAUGCUAAAUAUUCAAAGUACAAGAACAUUAAAAGUGAGAAUCAUUCGUUAAAAAAAUUCUAAUAUAUAAGUUUAUAAGUCAGAAAAAUUUAAAGUCAAGUACAUUCUAUAUUCCAUCAAUAUUUAUUUUUUUAUUCUUGCUCGUGAACAUCGAUCAGCGUUGAUUUGAAGAACAUAAGUUGUGCUUUCAUUAUGAUAGAUUUAUAAUUAUUUUUGUGAUAGGACUUAGGCUGCCAUUAAAUUGCAUGCCAAUUUUGUCUUAUCAUAGACUUAAUCAUUCCAGAACUCGUAAAUGCUUUCUACAACUUUUCAGCACUAAAGUUCAUAUUGAAAUGCAUAUA